AUGGACGAUCUCCUAAAAGCUCUCAGAGAGGAAGCUAAAGGCUUUGGGCAAGUGGCUCAGCUAUGUUCAUAUGAUGCAAUUAUGAACACAAAGCAGUUGAUCAUGGAUCAGGGUGACGAAUCGCGCAAGCACCAGGAGAUCAUAGUGGGGCACUUUGAUCAGUCGAGAAAUGAGUUCCAGGAUUUCCGAGACGAUUUCAAGCUGGCAGCUGGAUGCGUGAAUCGGAAGGUCAAACUGAUAAGCAAUGAGGUUUCACAGCUGCGCAGAGUCCUUGCCUCGUUUCUCAGCAGUAAUGUUCGAACGGAUUACAAAACACAAUAUGUGAAAGGACCAACACUUCCGUUGCGAAGGGCUGUAUCUGAAGCCAAUCUAGUGCAAGAUUACCUUGCUGCGAAAGAUGACCUACUUUCAGACUUUGACUAUGAAAGCUCUGUCAUGCGUAACGACAUCGAGGCCAGUCUCGAAACCAUCUGGGCAUUGCCAAGAUCCGAUCAGGAUCGUGCAGUUGCUGUCAUGCAAUCACCGAAGCUGCAUUCCUGGAUCACCGAGUCAAGUUCUUCGGCACUCCUGGUCAAUUUCAACGACCCCAAGAAGACAUCGUCAACGUCUUUCAUUUCCGCCAAAUUAACAUAUUCGAUCCAGUCAGAUGUCAUAGGCCCGCACAAUCCACGAAACAUCUUUGCCUUGUUGUUUCUUUGCGCAGAGCACAUACGCCCGGACUAUGGCGUCAGUGGGAUGUUGCGAAACUUGAUUGGUCAGCUCCUCAUCGCUUACCCUGACUUUGGAAUGAGCGUUAUCAAGCAAAUCCAACGAGCAGACCAACAGGACAUUAGCAGCCUAUGCCAGAUUUUCCAUAGGAUGAUCUCUCAACUACCACCACAUGUAACUGUCUUCUGCGUCCUUGAUGCCAUUACCGUAUAUGAACAGAAUAGCUCGCUUUGUGAAGAAGGAGCAUUUGCAGUCCAAGAACUCAUGGACAUGGUGCAAUGGACCAAAGAUCACGGCUGUGAUUUCAAGGUGUUGUUGACGAGUGCGUGGAAUAGUCAUAUCUUUUAUAAGUACGUGCCGGAUCGGCAGAAGGAUAUCAUAUGGAUGCCCGCAAAGGUGCCCCCGCAAGGAGGCUUUACGAGGAUGAAAUGGAAUUCUAGUGUUGGGUCCGGUGUUGGUAUGCUGGCAAGUCCCCGGUCGUUCACAGAAAUGAAUUGUGUAGGAGUAGUACAAUCCACCGACUUCCCUCCGCUGGUCCCCGCAGACACCAAGCUCCCCACACAGACAUCCUCGCACUGCAGCUCGACCGGGCUGGUCUUCACCAUGUCCGCCUCCACUGUUUUUGAGCGCCGGAAUAAGCAGAUCCAAGAUGCCAUCGACGGCCAGAACCUCAAACAGGCCCUGCAGCUCUGCGAAAAGCGACUGAAGAAGGGCGAGGAUUCGCAUUUCCUCAGGGCGUGGAAAGCGCAUAUUCUCCUCAGCCAUGGCGACGACGUCCAUCGACAGCGGGGUAUUUCAGAAGCUCUUGCGCUCUGCCGAAUGGAACCACCCGUUUCCGAUAUAGAAGCACUGAAUAUGCUUUAUUCAACCCUGAAGACCAUUGAUGAACAUGCAGAGACCGCGCGCGCAAUAUGGGAGAAGGCAGCAAAGGCGAAGCCUCAAGCACUAGAUAUUCAGCUGAAGUGGUUUAAUAUGGCGUCGGAGAUGGGCGACUGGAAAACUGCGCAGAAGGCAGCUAUGAGCCUGCAAAACAACUUCCCCAAAGAGCGCAAAUACUACUUUUGGGCUAUCUUGAUGUGCUACCUCAUCACCAUCGACCCUGCGAACUCGGAAAUAGACGGCAAGCUCUUUGGUACGCUUGCUUAUCGUAUGAUAUUAAAAGCUGCCUCAAGUGUGCCAACCGACCCGAAAGAGUUAUUGAGUCCGGCUAGAGCGAUACAAACCUCUGAAGAACUCUUCCUGCUGAUAAAGAUCCUUGAAACACAAGGGCGCCACGAGGAAAUUGUUUCUUUGCUUAACAGCAAGCACUUAGGUAUCGAGUCUCGAAUUGCCCAGAAAGAUUGGGCUUUUGUUAGCGCGAAAAUUGUAGGUCUCGAAAACGCAGGGCUGUGGGAUGAAGCAAUCUCAUUUACCCGGGAGCUGCUUGCUCUUCCGGAUGACCUUACAAACGGUUCGACGACGGCGGCUGUCCAAGAGAAAGACGAUUGGCAAGUUUGGAGUCUUCUUCUCGCCGCCACCAAGAAAUUAGGAAAGAAAGAGGCGCCACGAGAGACCCAGGACUUCAUCGCAGCGUACAUUAAAAGGCAGCCAAAAUCACGGAAUGCCCAGUUGGCUGCUCUUGACUUGACAGAGCAACGGAUUACGAUGAACGAACUUCCCCUGGAAGAUCUUCUCCCGGCGUGCAAAGAAUAUUUCAACCGCAAUUGUACCAAGCUCUAUUGCUUCCAUGACCUGCGGAAAUAUCUAAUCAAACUUGAUCGGUCGAUGCAAGACGAAUUCCAAAUUUAUGCUUCCCAAAAGGUUGUUGCAGAUCAGAGCGCAGAUGAUCAGAAGCAGGUUACCGAUCCCUUUAAAGGAGUUGCUGCUAUCAAUGCCCUGAAAUUUGAGUACUGUUUCCAGUUGUCAUUGAAGGGUGACGAAAAACCCUCAGUGCAAAAGGUCGAAAACUUUGUAUCUCGGUGCCUUCGUAUUUACCGGAGCACCGAAAGGCCUAACCAGAGUGCAGCUCCAUCUACCAUCGAAAGCCAGCCAAGUGACGAUCUAUGCCUUUUAGCCGUCAUGGCCUUAAUUAGAUUACACGAAACAAAUAAUGAGUCUAAGCCUGACGUCGCCCCUCAUGCUGCAUUAGUCCAAGCGGCUGCACUUAUAGAGAAUUUGCUACUCAAGUCACCCUGUAACUAUGAAGCUCUUUUGCUCUUGGUUCGGAUCUACCUCCUUCUGGGAGCGGGCUCGCUGGCCCUAAAGUCGUUUCAUAAAUUGUCUGUGAAGCAGAUGCAAUAUGAAACAGUUGCACAUAACCUCUUUACCCGCCUCGGAUCGACGCACCCGCAUGCUGCCCCCCCUUACGAAGGAUUGGAACCGAAGGAUUACGAUCCACAAACUGCGAUGAGGCAGGCGUUGAGCUUUUAUCGGAAUUCUGAGAUCGCGACCACCUAUUCACGAAACGUUGGUCUGGAGCAUGGGAGCUAUGUUAAUGUGGCUGGAAGCAUCGAGCUGCAGAAGAGCCUGAAGAAUAGCAUAUGUAGAAGAAUGUGGGCAUUGGAAACCCGGAGGAUUCAGCGGCUGGUUGGUGGCGACCCGGUAGGGCAAUAUGACCAUAUUGUCUCCGACACAGACCCUGUUGUUGACAAACGCAACUUCGACGGCUUCAUGAACUGUGAAGCUCCAGGAACACUCAGCUUUGAAGAGCAUGUCCGUCUCGGGCCCAAGCCAGGGGCCCACGCAGUAAAAGCAAUGACCAUCACCGACGUCCUAUUUAGUUACCUAAAGAGUAACACCUCUACAAAAAAGGCAUCGUCGUCUUCACACCCAGUCUCGCCAAAUAUCAAUCUAUCUCGCUACCUCAACCCAGAAUUCGACCUUCCCCUCCUCGAGACAGAGUUAACUCCCGCCGAAAUCGAAAACGUAAACAUCCACCUCACCCUCCUAAAGGCCCUCGCAUCCCUAUCCGCCGCCACCAACACCAAACAAUCAUCCCCACCAGCUCCCCUAACCACCCACCUCGCCACCCUCGAAUCAUUCCUAACUAAAAAACUGACUGCCCUAUCCGCUACUCCCCUACCCACAUCAAUCCUCCUAACAACCAUACCCCUCACCCCUCCUAGCAAACAACAGCCUUCCGCCACCUCCUCCAUCGCCCCCUCCUGGCUCUAUCUCCACACCACAAUAUCCCUCCUCGAGACCCUAAAGGCCACCACCUUCUUCCUCACAUACUUAUCUCCCUCAUCAUCAACAGCAAAGACAAAAUCGAAGGUCCCCACUACGACCACAAAAGAAGCUCUCCCAAACAAGGAAACCCUCGAAAACCUCCACACCCUCGUCAAGCAACUCAUCGACGCUAUCCGCCGGAACACGCGCUUUUUGAAGAUGCAGAUUGCCGAGUCGGGGAUGUUGGGGGAAUUGGUGGAGUGGGUGACGGGGGGUUAUGGUUUUGAGAAAGACACCGUUAAAAAUGGCGACGGUGAUGGGGAAGAGGAAGGGGCGGUAAAGAGAGAGAUUGAGGAGAUGAUGGAUACGGCGUCUUUGGAGCUGUUUUGUGGAUCGUUGAUGGAGAGUUGGGAUGAGGCGCUUGAUGGGGUUUUGGGGUUAUGUGCGUCGAUGUGA